CCUACCCACUGGUUUCCUGUGCCUUUCCGGCUUCCGUUCUUUCCUUUUUGUGCUGUGGCUCCAGCCGUUUGCCGCAGCCAUGGCGAAAAUCAAGGCCCGUGAUUUACGAGGGAAGAAGAAGGAAGAGCUGUUGAAGCAGUUGGAUGACCUCAAAGUAGAACUGUCCCAGCUACGUGUCGCCAAGGUGACUGGAGGAGCAGCCUCUAAACUCUCCAAGAUCCGGGUUGUUCGCAAAUCCAUUGCCAGAGUGCUUACAGUCAUUAACCAGACUCAGAAGGAGAAUCUCAGGAAGUUCUAUAAAGGAAAGAAGUACAAGCCUCUAGACCUGCGGCCCAAGAAGACGCGUGCCAUGCGUCGCAGGCUGAAUAAGCAUGAAGAGGGUCUGAAGACCAAAAAACAACAGCGAAAAGAACGCCUGUACCCUCCUCGGAAAUAUGCCGUUAAAGCCUGAACUUCUGGUACACAGUUGCUCUUCUGGCUUGCUUUCUCCCAUUAAAGCUGUUUUGUCUUUCA